UGAAUAAAAAUAACUUAAAACUCAUUCAUUUCUCAUCUUCUGUUUUCUUACAAGAAGCCAAGAAGGGUUAGAGUAGAGAUAUGUCGCUGUUGUCUUACCUCAGCCCAACACGCUUUCUAGAAGGCUACCUCCGUCGAUGCCUCACGGCGGCAGGACUAACGUCGCAGACUCUCUCCAUUGAUUCUGAAACAACCAUUCACUUCUGGGGCCCACCACCUCUAAACCACCGCACCGACGAUAGACCGGUGAUGCUUCUCCUCCACGGCUUCGGUCCAUCUUCCAUGUGGCAGUGGAGGCGGCAGAUUCAAGCCUUUUCUCCGUCCGCUUUCCGUCUAUAUUGUCCCGAUCUUGUUUUCUUCGGUGACUCUACCAGUUCCUCCACCAAUCGCUCCGAGGUCUUCCAGGCGGAGUGCAUGGAAAAGCUAAUGGAGAAAAUAGGAAUAGAGAAGUUUAAUGUGGUUGGAACAAGCUACGGAGGAUUUGUGGCAUACCAUAUGGCCAAAAAGUGGCCGCAAAAAGUGGGGAAAGUAGUGAUUGCAAGCUCAGGCAUCAACAUGAGAAAGUGUGACAGUGAAAGUUUAUUGCAGAGAUCGAACUGUGAGUGUAUUGAGAAAGUUAUGUUACCAUCAACUGCCACAGAGCUUCGGACACUUAUGGGUUUGGCAUCUUCUUCGAGGAUAGUACGUAUGUUUCCCGAUGCUCUCUGGAACGACGUUAUCAGUAAUUUAUAUCAGAAGAAUAGAAAGGAGAAAGUAGAAUUAUUGAAAGGGGUAACUCUUGGCAGGGACGAGAAAUUAAGCAUUGAUCCUCUUUCUCAGGAAGUCCUUAUAAUCUGGGGAGACAAAGAUCAAAUAUUUCCGGUGAAGAUGGCCUACGAACUAAAAGAGAUUCUUGGAGAUAAGACAAAACUGGAAAUCAUAGAGAACACUUCACAUGUUCCACAGAUCGAUUGUGCGCAAGAAUUCAACAACAUCGUUUUGAAAUUUCUGAAGGGAUCUCAAUAGCGGCAAUUAUACAUUUUGCUACAUUAUUCUUGAAGCGUGGUUAUUAGUAAACAGUUGAACUAUUAGUAGUCUACGUAAUAUUGCUACGUAUUUCUUUAAAAAAAAUAUAUUGCUACGCACAUUACUAGCUAUGCUCUCAUAUUUUCAUGUAACUUUAUAUA